CUUACCUCUGUCCAUUUACUGAGCAGAAUGCGUCAAGGGACUCAGUAUUCAGGUUAAAUCUAGGCAUAGGAUAGGAAAAACCCAAGACAGGAAACACCCGGAGCUUCCCGUGACCUUAAACCUCUAUUCAACAUAUGUCGUCAAUCUGACUUCGGACCUAUACUAGACAACUGAGUGUACAGUUUAGCACCGCGCUCAUUGUCCCAACUCCCUUCUCUAUGUGGGAUCGCCUAUCAUGGCUCGCAUCAAGUUUACUGAGCCUGUAUCGGCAGCUCAGCUACAGUCUUCUCGGGUCCUUCUCGAAAAGAAAAGAGGGAAUUCUAUCCAGAGGAAGACCCAGACUGAAGUUGAGAAUCCUGCCAAGUCUAUGAUUUCUGAGAGCUUAUGGCUGAAGCAACAACAAAGCUUAGAGAUGGUACAAAUUAUGCUUCACGUAUCGUUUGGGACAUUAUUUUAUCUUCGGGAGUUCUUACCACUUCCCUGCUUUGACGAUCGAGACCUGAAGGAGACCCAACGAGAAAACAAAUACUCAUACCAAGAAUUCCUCGGCUCAAAACUGCACUCUGAGAAUAAUGGAGAUGGCCCCGACGUUGCUUUUGGUAAUGGGAAGAGAGGCCAGCCACUCAAGGUUAUAAUACGCGGCAGCGAUCCCAAGGCAGACAUGAUACUUGAUGUUCUGGAAAACGGCAUUUUCGACGCUUUGCGAAGGAAUAUUCUAGAAGCCAUUCAAUUAACUAUUCUUGUCGACAAGGAUACCCCAGAAAACGUCUUGGAGUCCUACACAUUCUCAUUCAAAUAUGCGGGCCCCCCCGGCAACGUAGACAGUCGUUUGGAGAGCUUGUCAAUAGACCCUGUGGGUUGUGUGGCUGACAUGAGAUCCGCACAAUCAGCUAGGGUAGGGUUAGAAACGAUAGUUAGGCGUUUGAUAACACUUAGCACCUUUCUCCCUAUCUUGCCAAACAAGCGAAACCUUGGGGUUCAUUUGUUCUACACUGAAGACUGCCCCUCUGAUUACGAGCCCCCGGGGUUCACCACGGCAAACAAGGAUACGAUAAGAUUUCCGUUCAAUGAAAACUGGAGAAAGGAGUCACAGUUAUGCGGGACAAUGAACAGUGGAUGGCAUACUGUUGGGCUUAGGGUAACAUCUCUGAAAUGGACAGGGCCAGACCCCGAAGGAUCGGAAGCUCUGCCCACGGUCCCUGCACAGAUUGAGUACAAUGAUGAGGUUCCAAGGUCGGACGAUAUUGGAUUUAUUGAUAAACCGAGUACUCUGCAUCAAUCCAAAGCGGGAAGUGGUGCUGGCCCCAAUGAUCAAUUGGAUGUGGAUCAAUCAUCAACGUGUCAUGAUGCUAGUGGCUUUCAAGAGGCAACCCAAGAUAUCGCGGACAGACAUAAACUGCAGAAUAUGAUGCUAACCCAGGGAACAUCCUCUUACUCUGAUAGUGACCUUAUCCCCACACAGCCAAUCAAUACCGACAUUGCGAUCGGAAGGAACCAUAAUUCUGCUGUACAGUCGACUAUAAAGUGGUACCUGUCCGAGAGAAGAACCGCAGAUAUUAGAGAACAUGCGCGCUUGCAGAAAUCAGGCCCCGAUUAUCAUCCUAAGGGCCAUAUUCAGGGCCUGGUUAGAUGCCAGUGUGGGUGGAAUGGUGAGGAAAUAGGAAUGAUGGAAUGCGCCUUCUGCCACACGCGCCAGCACCGGCUGUGCUAUGGGCACGAAGGGCCGAAUGACCCGAGGGCUCCUAACAUCCAUGCUUGUUACCAGUGCUUAUUGGAGCCGAAUGAGACUCAGUUGCUCCAGGAGAUGAACACCUUAGUGCUUCUGAGAAGGGCUCUUCGAAUCAUAUUAGAUGAGGGGUUUCCACAUAAGACUACAGAUUUUACACAAAAGCUUCACUGUAACGGCCAAACUAUCAUCCAAAUAACCGAGAUCUUGAAGAAGCAGGGAUACCUUCAGCCUACCCCAGGCUAUAAAAUGAAAGGGUUUGCCCGACGGGGUUUGCCGAAGUACAGCCUAUCGCAAUCAGAAAAUGUCCGUCAAAGAUUGACGAGGGAGGUUUUCCACCCCAUGGUGAAGAUAAAACAUCAUUACGUCCCAAAGAACCCAGACGAUCCCAACAUCAUUGAUCAAAACCACACUAGCCAAAGCCUUGACCUCAGUGACCAGGUUACUCACCAAGCUGAUGUGUCCGUCGGCGGACAUAGGCUGAGUAAUCAUGAAACCCAAAGGUACAUCGGGGGUCUGCCGGAGCUAAUGGGAAAGAGUCCAAAUCAUAAGAGAAAGCCAUUAGCGGACAGUGAUAAAAUGGAAAGCUAUGAAUCCGAUGAUCUCGAUAAGGGUGACAGAGCUGCGGCGGAGCAGCUACACAACAGCUUCCUAUCUGAGAGCAUGAACCCAACGGCCAAGGCAUCGAGGCGGUCGACACCGAGUGAUCAUGGUCCUCGACGGAGCAGCAGAAAAAGACGUAAAAUAAGUAACUACUCGAAGCUUAUCGACGUUGGAGCCGAGACGAGCGAUCAUGAGAGCACCUAAACCGGACACGGCCGUUUCUGAAUGCACACGGAGGCAAUGUUGGCAUGGUUAUCAUGUCGACUAAAACAGCUGAGAAGAUGGGGUCUGGUGCGGGGGAUAAAGGGAGAAAGAGGAAGAGAAGAAAAGCAAGAAUAUGAACAAGAUGUUUCAAAGGAGGUCUCGCAGAAACCUAAUGGUUAUUCUAGUUUUGAGCUGUUGCGAAGCAACUGAGUUUCAUAGCUGAGCGCUUUGUGUCAGUAAUUAGGUCGCACAAGCAAUGUGCUAAAGUUGAAUCUGGAUGGAUAGUAC